AUGUGCAGCACCUGUGGGCUGGCACCUGCAGGCAGCGGGUGCCGGGGCCCCUUCCUGCUCAGGCCGGGGACAGCGACGAAAGAAGGAACAGAAAACCCCAGCUCCAGACCCACCAGCCAGGGGAAGAUCCCGCUGCACGAUGCAGGAGCAGCACAGGUUAGCCCCAGCCACGCCGCGAUGGAGCUGACUGCCACCACCGACUUCUAUCCCUGGGAGGACGGGUACUCGUGGGAGCACGGUGAGCUGCCCGAGCUAUGUGAGAAGCAGGCAGUGCAGGGCUUCGCCCGCACCUACCAGCCAGCUGUCUACCUGCUGCUCUCACUGCUGGGCACGGUGGGUAAUGGGCUGGUGCUGCUCACACACACCCGCUACCGCCGGGCACGCAGCAUCACCGACGUCUGCCUCCUGCACCUGGCCCUGUCCGACCUCCUGCUGCUCCUGACACUGCCCUUUGCUGUCAUGGACACACUGCAGGGCUGGUCCCCAGGCACAGCCACCUGCAAGGCGCUGCAGGGGCUCUAUGCCCUCAACUUCUACAGUGGCUUCCUCUUCCUCACCUGCAUCAGUGUGGACCGCUAUGUGGCCAUCGUGCGGGUGCCGGCCGCCUGCCGCCUGCGCCCGCGGGCUCGCCGCCAUGGCUGGCUGAUGGCAGGGCUGGCCUGGCUGCUGGCCCUGCUGCUGGCCCUGCCACAGUUCAUCUACGGCCGAGCAGAGCAGCACCAGGACCUCCAGCUCUGCCGUGUUGUCUUCCCCCGGGCGGUCUCACGGGCAGCACGGGGGGCCACCAACCUGGCACAGGUUGUGCUGGGCUUCGCGGUGCCUUUCCUGGUGAUGGUGAGCUGCUACGCCGCCGUGGCCCGGACGUUGCUGGCAGCCCGUGGCACCCAGCCCCACCGGGCACUGCGGGUGCUGCUGACCCUUGUGCUGGUGUUUGUGGCUCUGCAGCUGCCCCACAGCCUGAUGGUGCUUCUGGACACAGCAGAACUGCUGGCCAGCUGGGAGGUGACCUGUGCCCAGAGCCGCCGCAAGGACCUGGCGCUGCUGGUCACCGGCGGGCUGGCCUACCUGCGCUGCUGCCUCAACCCCCUGCUCUAUGCCUUCCUGGGCCAGCGCUUCCGCCAGGAACUGUGGCUCCUGGCCAGUGAUGCCGGCUGCGUGGGGCCGCUGGAGCCACGCUGCUCCGGCUGCCCCAGUCCCCGCCGGCGGACAUCGCUCUCCACCUGCCAGGAUGUGAUGUAG